CCUGCAUGAAAUUUCGAUAUGAUUAUGUGCUGCUCCUCGCCGCCGCCAAGUUUUUGCCCGCGCAGUAAGCCCACGCGACAAUCAACGACGAGGAGGCCUCUCCUCUCCCCCCCCCCUUCAAAUCCCAACACGGUGUCGCCAUCCCCUUGCGGGCGACCGACUGCCUUGCUCGAAGAUUCCCCCGCCACGACACUGACAAACGCGCCGAUACCAGCACUCGCUGCACGAGAGGGAGUCGGCCUAGACGCGGACCAACGAGAACCUGGUCCAAUUGCGACAGACAGCAUUCGCAAAUGUCUGUCGCUGACCGUAUCUUCAGCUACUUUGCCCCUGCCGACAACAACGCGCAAACGAUCAAGGAGGGAUUCUCGGUCUCGAGCCCGGCGCCGGCGGUGUCCUUGGAGGAGGAUAGAUAUGCGGGACAGACGGGAGGGAUUUUGCCGGAUAUCAGAAUCAACACACAGCCAUUCAGACAGGACAUGAGCCCACAGGAGGAUGAGUCUUUCGAAGAUGAAGGCCGCCCGCCUUAUCUCCAUGCAAUGAUUGCUGGAGGUCUAGGCGGGUCGACGGGAGACAUGCUCAUGCACUCCCUGGACACGGUCAAGACACGCCAACAGGGCGACCCGCAUAUCCCGCCAAAGUACACAUCCCUCGGUUCAUCGUACUAUACGAUAUGGAGGCAAGAGGGCAUCAGACGAGGACUCUAUGGCGGAUGGGUGCCGGCACUGAGCGGUUCGCUUCCAGGCACCAUGAUGUUCUUCGGCACAUACGAAUGGAGCAAGCGGUUUCUUAUCGACCACGGCCUACAACACCACCUGGCCUACCUCGCAGCCGGGCUCCUCGGAGAUUUGGCCGGCUCCAUCGUUUAUGUCCCGUCUGAGGUGCUGAAGACACGCAUGCAACUACAGGGACGUUAUAACAACCCUUACUUCAAGUCGGGAUACAACUACAGAGGCACCGUUGAUGCGGCGCGGACCAUUGUGCGCCAAGAGGGACUCUCGGCGCUUUUCCACGGCUACCAAGCGACGCUCUAUCGUGACCUGCCUUUUUCAGCACUCCAGUUCAUGUUCUGGGAACAGUUCCACGCCUGGGCUCGCACAUACAAGCAGAGCAGAGACGUUGGCAUACCGCUGGAGCUCUUGACCGGCGGGCUCGCUGGAAGCUUGGCUGGCGUCAUGACAUGUCCCCUGGACGUCGUCAAGACAAGGCUGCAGACUCAAGUACAUCCUGACCUAUUACCGAAAGAGAGCAAACCGGCGGUUAAGAGCGCUGCGCACGCCUCGACAUCAAAAUCCCAGACGCGCAACAUAUCAACGUCAUCGCCGUCAACGCAUACUCCUCGCCCCGGCGCCGUGAACCUGCAGACCUCGUCUGUCAUCCAGGGUCUCAAGGUCAUAUACCAGACAGAGGGCCUUAGCGGCUGGUUCAGGGGCGUGGGGCCCCGUGGUGUAUGGACCUUCAUUCAGAGCGGCACGAUGCUGUUCUUGUACCAACGUAUUCUUAAGCAGUUAGAGAUUUGGAACCCUCCUGUGGAGAAGCAGCAGGAGCAUGCCAUUUAAGGCUGCUCUCAGGGCAGGUAGAGGUAGGGCUGGGGUUAUCAGGCAUGGGAUGGAGAAACUUUUGUAAAAAGGAAGCCCAUCUGUACAAUUUGUAAGGAUAAACAUGGGGACUGGCGUUUGACUGACAUGGUAGAUGGACGCAAUGCCCAAUAGAGCCGAUAGAGCGAAAGACAAGUCUCAUUUCAAAUGUUGCAUCUGUUCUUAAAGGGUGAUACCAGGUAUCUGAGAAGACCAUGCGGUGCGAGACGAAGAAGCUGGAUGUGAAAGCCAGUCAGCCAGCUAAUGAGUUUACAUAUGAAUCAGUUUGAGAAUGCGAUAAGGUUUCC